AUGCCAAUGUCACCAAGACAACGAGAUGGCCGGAGGAAUUCUCGGUCAACAGAUGAAGAAUAUGUCGUAUUUCUUCAAGGUAUCCCGCCUCAAUGUCGAUGGCAGGAACUGAAAGAUCUUGUCCGCCAAACUGCUCUGCACAUACGGCAGGCUGUAGUUUACGAUGAUUGUCACGGGCAUCCAACUGGACUUGGCCAAAUCAUAGUGAAAAAUGAAGAUGAAGCGUGGCGCACUUAUAACAGGCUGUCAACGAACGGGUGGAAUGGUAAUAGCUUGACGGUGACACUAUCGCUCGCAAGUGCGCCGACCAAACCCAUUGCUGGACCGACCAAGAGUCAACCUCCAAGCCGAAUGCCAUAUGCUGCUGGAGGAUAUUCGAGUCCUCCAAGAUGCCCACCACUUAUCUCCUCCCCGACGAGCGCUAUGCCCCCUGAGAACUUCUCCCCCCCUCCGUCUUACGCUACAUCAUCAGAAUUUGCCCAUUUCGUCACCCACUUAAACUCUCCUUGCCAGCAUCAGCAUCAGCUCGUUCCCCUUACGACAGACUCGCUAGGUUACCAGUUUCCAUUGAUUUAUCCCAGCGAUGUCCAUUUCCCGAUGCCAACGACAAUUCUGAGCCAGCAAUUCGAACCUUCAUCCGUUGCAAUCCACAGAUACUCCACGGCAAUGUGCAUCCCACAGCCCCAUUAUGAACUGAAUAGUGUUAACAUGCCUCGCCAAACUAGCAACAGUAACAGUUUUUACAAUUUUCGCCAGGAUUUAGGUGUGAAUUUUUCAUGCAGCAUUUGCAUACAGAACCUUGCCAUCGAUACCACCUGGCAGAAUUUGAAGGACUAUCUACGGACGGCUGGUACUGUGGAGCGAUGCGAUAUUCGCGAAGAUCGUAAAGGGGGAGGUCGCCACCCGAGGGCUUAUGCAACUGCUACAUUUCGAACGAAGGAAGAGGCUCGAAGAGCUGUCACGCUAUUUGACAAUGCAUAUUUCAAAGGUUCCAGAAUUCGAGUACGAAUUGACCGAGACAAUGGAGGAGGCAGCAGUGGUAGUGGAAAUGGGGCGGUAUUCACGCCUUAUCGACUUGCUAGAAACAAAAACACCAAUGAGAGUGGAAGUAGAGUGGAAGCCGGGACAGGGAUUGGAAAUGGAAACGCGAAUGACGUGACAGCGGUGACGGCAUCUUUGUCAACAGAUCGGAAGUCGCCCACAGGAUCGACUAGCCUCUCUCCAGGAUCUAGUGAGGCUGAUUCCCCAAAAAGAACCGAGCCGUUGGUAGUCAAUGGGUCAAGGGUCGGGCUGAAAGCUGGGAGAUCUAGCGGCGAGAAAGUUGGCUGUGAAUAUGAACUUUCCUGCAGGACUCAGGAGAUUCGGCUGUGA